UCUAGCUAAUUUGCAAAUGGAGAAGCUUAUAUCAAGCAGAUCUAAUUUGCAACUCGUGCCGGAGUCUUAUGUAAUUCCACCGGAAAGUAGACCUGGAAAUGCUAAAGUUCCUCUAUUUGAGACCAUUCCAGUAAUUGAUAUUGCAGGAGAACUUGGUUCAGAUCGAGCACAACUGGUGAAACAGAUUAUGCAGGCGUGCCAAGACUUCGGAUUCUUUCAGUUGAUUAAUCAUGGGGUUUCAAAGAAACUGAUGCAUGAUGUAUUGGAGGUGGUGAAUGAGUUGUUUGAGCUGCCUGCAAAGGACAAGGAAAGCAUAUGUUCUGAGGACCCCAAGCAAAGCUGCAGGCUAUAUGCGAGCAUAGAUUAUGAUAGAGAGAAGGUCCAUUACUGGAGAGAAACUUUGCGGCAUCCUUGUCAUCCUCUUGAGGAACAUGUUCAAUUUUGGCCUGAGAAGCCAGCUCGGUAUCGGAAGGUGGUUGGAAGUUAUUCAGCAGAGGUGAUGAAGUUGAGUUUGUGGCUUUUGGAUUUGAUCUGUGAAGGAUUAGGUUUCGAAGCUGGAUAUUUUGAGGAUCAUGAACUCACCCAAAAUCAGUUAAUGUAUAUAAACCAUUACCCUCCAUGCCCGGACCCAAGUCUAACCUUGGGAUUACCUAAACAUAGCGAUCCCAAUCUCUUAACCCUUCUUCUGCAAGAGAAAGUGUCUGGUCUCCAAAUCUUGAAGGAUGGAGAAUGGCUUGGUGUUGAGCCUAACCCUAAUGCCUUCGUGGUUAAUGUAGGCCUCACGUUACAGAUUAUCAGCAAUGGGAAGCUACUCGGUGCUGAACAUAGGGCUGUGACACAAAAAAACGUUGCACGGACAUCAAUUGCCACUUUCAUUUAUCCCUCUGAGAAUUGCCAUAUUGGACCUGAAAAAUCGCUUCUUAGUGAAUGCAGUAGUACUACUCCUCCACUCUAUAGAGGUUUUGCGUACAAGGAUUAUCUCAGCUCUUAUGUGGCAGACACAAAUGAGAGCGUUCCACCUCUUGAGCGAUACAAGAUUCAAUAUUAA